GGGCGGCGUGUUUGAGACGGGCUGGUCUCGGGGAGUUGUCCCGGAGGAGCGGCCUAUAGACGGCGCGCUCGUGCAGCCACACUGCGCUUGAACCUGUAAUGUGAAGUUGGGGAGGCCCUGUGGUCUCCUAAGCUGUAGAAUCUUGACGAGGAAUUUCGAUUAUACCAUUGUCUCAGUAGUAUCCACGCGGGAGGAUCGUUACACAGGAGCAUUUAUGGUCGUCGCCAAUACAAACUUCCGGAAGAUAAUGGAGUUUUCAGUAAGAUCAACGUGUGACUCAAUAUUAGAACAGAGCAUCUUCAGAAUAAUGUUAAACAGAAUAGAAAGUCAGUUGUAAUUUGAGCUUUUGAAAUCGACUAAAAAGGGGGAAAACCUUUUUAAACUAUACUGCUGUUUCACUGCCUAAAGUGUAAUUUUCCUUUAUUUAAUAUAUUUUAUUGCCUUAGGGUCAUUCUGAACUGGGUAUGACUGUAGUAUUUAAAUGUAAAUGACUUGGCUAUGUAUCCUGAACGUUUUUUUCAAUUAAAUUGUUUGAAUUGUGAUUUUUGUCUCCUAAUGUUGGAAAUUUUCUUAAAACCUUUGGAAUUGAAGGUUUAGUUAACUGCAUCCUGAUUAAGUUUUAGAGAAGACUUGCCAUUGUUAUUAAAUAAAAUUGAAUAUAUUUGAGAAUUCACUUAAUGUGAAAAACACCUUCCAUUUGAAAAACUGACAAAUUCCUUAGAAAUUGUUUUACAGCCCACAUAUAUAAUAAAAGAGAUUUCAAGCCAAAUACUGGAAGAGAUGUCAGACGAGUCAGAUAAGGAAGACUAUUCGGACAGAACAAUCAGUGAUGAAGAUGAAUCAGAUGAGGAUACAUUCAUGAAAUUUGUAAGUGAAGAUAUUCAUCAAUGUGCACUAUUAACAGCCAAUGCUAUUAGUGAUCCAUUCUUCCCUCGAACUACACAGAUACUAUUGGAAUAUCAGCUAGGGACAUGGGUACCACGCCUUCGUGAACCCCGAGAUUUAUAUGGUGUGUCUUCUUCUGGUCCAUUGAGCCCAACAAGGUGGCCAUACCACUCUGAGGUCAUUGAUGAAAAAGUCCAGCACAUUGAUUGGGCUCCUUUUUAUCCUGAGCCAGUGUACAUCCCAACAGGCCUUGAAAUGGAACCCCUUUACCCAAACUCAAAGGAAGACACUGUUGUUUACCUCGCUGAAGAUGCUUACAAAGAGCCCUGUUUUGUGUAUUCUCGAGUCGGAGGCAACAGAACACCUUUGAAGCAGCCUGUGGAUGGCUGUGACAACACUUUGAUGUUUGAAGCAAGGUUUGAGAGUGGUAAUCUACAGAAGGUAGUCAAAGUGGCAGAAUAUGAAUACCACUUGACUGUGCGCCCUGACCUCUUCACAAAUAAACAUACACAAUGGUACUACUUCCAAGUGACUAAUACCCAAGCAGAAAUGGACUACAGAUUCACUAUUGUCAACUUCACCAAACCUGCUAGUCUUUACAAUCGUGGUAUGCGCCCACUGUUCUAUUCUGAAAAAGAGGCCAAGGCUCGUAAUAUUGGCUGGCAGAGAAUAGGAGACCAGAUCAAGUAUUACAGGAACAACCUGGGGCAAGAUGGGCGCCAUUUUUUCUCUCUUACAUGGACAUUUCAAUUUCCACACAACAAGGAUACCUGCUACUUUGCUCACUGCUAUCCAUACACUUACACCAACCUACAAGAAUACCUUUCUAGCAUCAACAAUGACCCUGUCCGGUCAAAGUUUUGUAAAAUACGUGUUUUGUGCCACACACUUGCUAGGAAUAUGGUGUACGUUUUAACAAUCACCACUCCCUUGAAGAACACUGACUCCAGAAAGCGAAAGGCUGUGAUUUUGACUGCACGGGUCCAUCCAGGAGAAACCAACAGCUCUUGGAUUAUGAAAGGUUUCCUUGAUUACAUUUUAGGACACUCAAGUGAUGCACAGUUGCUUCGGGACACUUUUGUCUUCAAGGUGGUACCCAUGCUGAAUCCAGAUGGUGUGAUUGUGGGAAAUUAUCGGUGUUCCUUAACUGGACAGGACUUAAACCGUAAUUAUACAUCUCUUCUGAAGGAAUCUUUUCCUUCUGUUUGGUAUACCCGGAAUAUGGUUCAUAGAUUGAUGGAGAAACAAGAAGUUAUUUUAUAUUGUGAUCUUCAUGGCCACAGUAGAAAAGAGAACAUCUUCAUGUACGGAUGUGGUGGUAGUGACAGGUCUAAAGCAUUAUACUUACAACAACGGAUAUUUCCACUUAUGCUGAGUAAAAAUUGCCCUGAUAAAUUUUCUUUCUCAUCUUGCAAGUUUAAUGUUCAGAAGAGCAAAGGAGGAACAGGAAGGGUGGUGAUGUGGAAAAUGGGAAUCAGGAACAGCUUCACCAUGGAAGCCACCUUCUGUGGAUCUACUCUGGGUAAUAAACGAGGCACUCAUUUCAACACAAAAGAUUUGGAGUCAAUGGGAUAUCAUUUUUGUGAUUCGCUCUUGGACUAUUGUGAUCCUGACCGGAGCAAGUAUUAUCAGUGCCUGAAAGAAUUAGAAGAAAUGGAAAAACAUGUGAACAUGAAGAAAGUCUUUGCAGAUUCAGAUUCUUGUCUAAGAGAAAUUACACUGGAUAUAGAGUCCAGUAGCCGAGGAUCUGACAGUUCGGAAUCCAAUGACUCUCAGACUUACCUUCUCAAGGUGACUUCUCAGGUUCAUGACAGAGAACAUUUACAGCAGACACACGAAGAAUCAAAUUCUGAUGCUAAAGAUCUGCAUGACAACUUAAAAAUCAAAGCGAAAGAAUGCCCAUCUUUCCAAAGAAAGAAAACUAGCAUAAAUUGGACAGAUGAUGAAAAAAGAAUCUACAGGAAUAAAAGAAUAGUUCAAUCUCAAGAACUGUUACAGUAUUUUCUCCCUAUGGUGGAAAGCCCUAGAAGCAUAGAAAGAACCAACUUCCAAAUUUCACAUCAACUAAAGCAAGCUUCUUGCAUAAAUAUAAAGAGAUACAGCACAUCUUGGACACCAAGAAAUCCCCCUUUCAUUACUCCAAAGAGUCUUAUGACAAACACCUCAGACUGGCUCCAGUGUGUGCCCCGGAGGCCACCGGGAAAUUUUUCACCUUUCAAAGGCUACAAGAGGAAAAACUUUUCUCAAACUCAGGCCACAAAAACUGAAGACAUAGAAUCUCUCAGCAGCAAAUGGGAGACUGCUUCCCCAAGUUUUGAGAUGGAUGCCAAUAUUCUAAAAGAUAAGAGUCUUCCAGCUGAAGAAUACAACUUGCAGAGACCUAUGCAGGUAGUUCCUCAUCUAACUAAAAAUAAGGGCGAGCAUGCAAAUAAGAAGGAUGGACAUCUCGCCUUCCAUCGGAGGUUCCAAAGGGACAAUUAGUUUGGCUGUAUGCUUCUCUGAAGACUGAAAAACAACACAUGGUGACAUAGUAAAAAGAAAAGCCCUUUCUUUCCUGUACCUCCCCUUCACACACAUGCAAACACUAAACUACAGAUUCUAGAAUCCCAGCUUCUUUAGUGGAAACAUCUUUCAGAAAUUUAAAAGAGGUCCAGAAAAAAUAUAAAGCACUUCCAUAUUAUAUUUAAUUUUGUCAAUAUGGAAAAAAAUGGACAUUUGAUUUUUUCCAAAAUUACUUACGCAAACACCAAAAGACUUAAGAGUUAAAGGGAAGAAGGACACAUACUACCAUGCAUUUUAAGCUCCUUACUGAAUGAAUCGGUCAACAAAUACCAUUUCCCAAGUUUCUGCUAUAUGGUUGGUGUACCAGGAACCACUGAUGAUGUAAGAGACAUUUCUCCCCACUAGAAGAAUAUCUUGUAAUUGUUCAUAUAAAGCACAUGUGACUAAAAUGAUUAUAGAAUGAUACUAUGCAGAGUAAAGUACUAAGUUGUACACCUCCAACCAAUAAAGAAAAACCAUAUAUUAAAAGGUGCUACUUGCACAGACCAAAGUGUGGCACAUAAUGGUAAUGAAAUUCAUAGAUUAUGGUGUAAAAGUCAUUUUGACUCUCAGAAUGAAGCAGAGAUAUCAAAGAUGAGAUAUACAGCUUCUGUCAGAGCUGACAAAUGGACAUUGCCAGCGUUUAUUUCUGUGGACCCUGAAGCAAGCCCAGCACCACAUGUUUCAUUCUUUAGGCAGUGGUGAGGGGGGUCCUGAAGGAUGUGCAGAAAAACAGGUCUGUCACCAAGUAAGUCGGGAUGGGUGGUCAGGGCUGCAGGAUGCAGCUAAGGAGAAUGAGGGCCGGGCAGGUGAGGGAGAUUGGAGAUGCAGCCACGAUGCUGAUCAAGGCCAGGUGGAACAGGAGGAUCUGAGAGUGCUCAUCUGUCAACAGUAUCUCCAGCAACCAAGGAAAGCUUUAGGACAGCAUGUUACUUUGUAAAAGUGGUAAAGAUUGUGUUUUAAACAUUCUUAGCCAAUAAAUUUCCUCAGGA